UUCAUUUCCAGAGGAGCAGAGCUCCUUGGCCAUAUCAAAAAGGAAAACCCUGCAAAAACCUCCCCUCUCUCUUCCCCAGCCAGAGACAUGGACAAACAUGGCGACGACGAAGACGAUCAUGGCGAAGUCUUCCUCGACGAAGAUGAUGUCAUCCAAGAAAUCACAGUCGAUGAAGAAGACCUCCCUGAUGCGGAUGACGGUGCCGGUUCAGAUGCAGAUUUCGAAGAAGCUGAUGAUUCAGUACACAUAUUCACUGGUCAUACUGGUGAACUGUACACAGUUGCAUGCAGUCCAACAGAUGCUGCAUUGGUGGCAACAGGGGGUGGAGAUGAUAAGGGCUUUUUGUGGAAGAUUGAACGAGCAGAUUGGGGCGCAGAACUCCAAGGUCACAAGGAUUCUGUUUCUGCUAUAUCUUUCAGUGCCGAUGGACAGCUGGUUGCUUCUGGAAGUUUUGAUGGACUUAUUCAAGUGUGGGACGCAUCUUCUGGUAGUCUCAAGUGCAUGCUUGAAGGGCCUGGAGCAGGCAUCGAGUGGCUUAGGUGGCACCCAAGGGGGCAUUUGAUAUUGGCAGGUUCGGAGGAUUCCACUGUUUGGAUGUGGAAUGCUGACAAAAGUGCCUAUCUCAAUAUGUUCUCUGGCCAUGGUAGCUCUGUCACCUGUGGGGAUUUUACCCCUGAUGGCAAAUCUAUUUGUACUGGCUCCGAUGAUGCAUCAUUGAGGAUAUGGAACCCCAAAAGUGGGGAGAAUAUCCAUGUUGUUACAGGCCAUCCGUAUCAUACUGGGGGACUAACAUGCUUGGCAAUAACCUCCGAUUCUACCCUUGCUAUCACUGGUUCGAAGGAUGGCUCUGUCCAUAUUGUGAAUAUAAUAACUGGGAAGGUAAUUAGUUCUUUAGUUGGUCACACUGACUCCAUCGAGUGUGUUGGACUAUCUCUAAGCUCCCCUUGGGCUGCAACAGGAAGCAUGGACCAGAAACUCAUCAUUUGGGAUCUGCAACAUUCAGCUUUACGCUGCACAUGUGAACAUGAGGAAGGUGUGGCGUGUUUGUCUUGGUUGGGUACAUCUCAGUAUGUAGCUACAGGCUGCGUAGAUGGGAAAGUACGAGUAUGGGACAGCCUCUCCGGGGAUUGCAAGAAAACAUUCAAUGGCCAUUCUGAUGCCAUUCAGUCGCUGGCUGUCUCUGCCAAUGGGGAGUUCCUUGUUUCAGUUUCGUUAGAUAGGACUGCUCGAGUGUUUGAGAUCGCAGAAUUUCGAUAACUAAAAAGGGAUCGCAUGUUGAAGGGUCAAGACCCUUGAUCAAUCAGAUGGCAUCCACGUGGUAAACUCAAGGUGCAGAUUCAAUCCCAAUUUACAGACCCAAAAAUGAAAAAAAAAAAAAAGGACAGCAUGGUUGCUUGUGCAAGUUCUUUUCUUCUUUGAUGAGUUGUCCAUGUAUGACUAGUGCACCCAAUAUCUUGGUUGAAAAUGUAGCCAUUUCUGGAUAUAUAUUUGUAGUGAAUGAAUUUGACUAGGACAAUGGAAGUUCUAUCUUGUGUGUA